AGGGCUCUUGGGUUAGUUCCUGUUAGGCCCCGGCCGGGGGAGUAGGUUGAAGUGCCCUGAGAUGCCCGGUGGGCUGGGGCACUGAGAGCUGUGAAGAAGGCGUGAGGAGGCGGCGAGGGGCGACCCGCGGCCGGCCCGAACGGGAGCGGCGGCAGAGCCCGCCUUCCCUGCACCAUGCUUAUAGAGGAUGUGGAUGCCCUCAAGUCCUGGCUGGCCAAGUUAUUGGAGCCGAUAUGUGAUGCUGACCCAUCAGCCUUAGCCAACUAUGUUGUAGCACUGGUCAAGAAGGACAAACCUGAGAAAGAAUUGAAAGCCUUUUGUGCCGAUCAACUUGACGUAUUUUUACAAAAAGAGACUUCAGGUUUUGUGGAUAAACUAUUUGAAAGUCUCUAUACUAAGAACUAUCUUCCACCUUUGGAACCAGUUAAGCCUGAGCCAAAACCACCAGUCCAAGAAAAAGAAGAAGUUAAAGAAGAGGUAUUUCAGGAGCCAGCGGAGGAAGAACGAGAUGCCAGAAAAAAGAAAUACCCUAGUCCCCAGAAGACUCGUUCAGAAUCUAGUGAACGAAGGACACGUGAGAAAAAAAGAGACGAUGGCAAGUGGAGAGACUAUGACCGGUACUAUGAGCGGACUGAAUUGUACCGUGAGAAGUAUGACUGGAGAAGAGGCAGGAGUAAGAGCCGGAGUAAGAGCCGAGGCCUGAGUCGAAGUCGGAGUCGAAGCCGGGGGCGCAGCAAAGACCGGGAUCCCAAUAGGAAUGUUGCAGAACAUAGGGAAAGAUCAAAGUUUAAGAGUGAGAGGAAUGACUUGGAGAGUUCCUAUGUGUCUGUGUCUGCACCACCUCCAAACUCUUCUGAGCAGUAUUCCUCUGGGGCACAGUCUAUUCCCAGCACUGUUACUGUGAUCGCACCUGCGCACCACUCUGAAAACACAACGGAGAGUUGGUCUAAUUACUAUAAUAAUCAUAGCUCUUCCAAUUCUUUUGGUCGAAAUCCUCCACCAAAGAGGCGAUGCAGAGAUUAUGAUGAAAGAGGAUUUUGUGUACUUGGUGACCUUUGUCAGUUUGAUCAUGGAAAUGAUCCCCUGGUUGUUGAUGAAGUUGCUCUGCCAAGCAUGAUUCCUUUCCCUCCGCCUCCUCCUGGGCUUCCUCCUCCACCACCUCCUGGAAUGUUAAUGCCUCCGAUGCCAGGCCCAGGCCCAGGCCCAGGUCCAGGUCCUGGCCCAGGCCCAGGCCCAGGUCCUGGCCACAGUAUGAGACUUCCUGUUCCUCAAGGACAUGGCCAGCCUCCACCUUCUGUUGUGCUUCCCAUACCAAGACCACCUAUAACACAGUCAAGCUUGAUAAACAACCGUGACCAGCCUGGGACAAGUGCAGUGCCCAAUCUUGCACCAGUGGGAGCAAGACUACCUCCUCCUUUACCCCAGAACCUCCUUUAUACAGUGUCAGAACGACAGCCCAUGUACUCUCGUGAACAUGGUGCUGCUGCAUCUGAGCGACUUCAGUUGGGGACACCGCCUCCUCUGUUGGCAGCUCGUUUGGUGCCACCUCGAAACCUCAUGGGAUCCUCCAUUGGGUACCAUACCUCAGUCUCCAGCCCCACCCCUCUGGUCCCAGAUACCUAUGAACCAGAUGGUUAUAAUCCAGAAGCUCCUAGUAUUACCAGUUCUGGUAGAUCUCAGUAUAGGCAGUUUUUUUCAAGAACACAGACACAGCGCCCAAACCUGAUUGGCCUAACCUCUGGAGAUAUGGAUGCAAAUCCAAGAGCUGCUAACAUUGUCAUCCAGACUGAACCACCAGUUCCUGUUUCAAUGAAUAGCAACAUAACCAGAGUAGUUCUUGAACCAGAUAGCCGGAAAAGAGCUAUGAGUGGUUUGGAAGGGCCACUGACAAAGAAACCUUGGCUGGGAAAGCAAGGGAAUAACAAUCAGAGUAAACCAGGAUUCUUGAGAAAGAAUCAGUAUACAAACACCAAAUUAGAGGUCAAGAAAAUCCCUCAGGAAUUGAACAACAUUACCAAGCUCAAUGAACACUUCAGCAAAUUUGGAACUAUUGUUAAUAUCCAGGUUGCUUUUAAGGGAGAUCCAGAAGCAGCCCUCAUCCAGUAUCUUACCAAUGAGGAGGCCAGAAAAGCCAUUUCCAGCACUGAAGCAGUUCUAAACAACCGGUUCAUUCGAGUCCUGUGGCACAGGGAAAAUAAUGAGCAGCCAGCACUACAGUCGCCAACACAGCUGCUUCUGCAACAGCAGCAAACACUUAGUCACCUGUCACAGCAGCACCAUCACCUGCCACAGCACCUUCAUCAGCAGCAAGUGCUGGUGGCCCCGUCUCCUCCCUCAACAGUACAUGGGGGUAUUCAGAAGAUGAUGAGCAAACCACAGACAUCAGGUGCAUAUGUUCUUAACAAAGUUCCUGUGAAACAUCGUCUUGGACAUGCAAGUGGUAACCAGAGUGAUGCAGCACACUUGUUGAAUCAGUCAGGUGGUGCUGGAGAUGAUUGCCAGAUAUUUUCAGCUCCAGGCCAUCCAAAAAUGAUCUACAGCUCAAACUUAAAGACAGCUUCAAAACUUUGUUCAGGAUCAAAGUCUCACGAUGUCCAAGAAGUUCUUAAAAAGAAGCAGGAAGCAAUGAAGCUACAACAAGAUAUGAGGAAAAAGAGGCAAGAAAUGUUAGAAAAACAAAUAGAAUGCCAAAAGAUGUUAAUAUCCAAGCUAGAAAAAAACAAAAACAUGAAACCAGAAGAGAGAGCAAAUAUAAUGAAGACUUUAAAAGAGCUUGGAGAAAAGAUCUCACAAUUGAAAGAUGAGUUAAAAACAUCUUCUGCAGUCUCCACACCAUCUAAAGUAAAGACAAAAACAGAGGCCCAAAAAGAACUAUUAGAUACCGAACUGGACCUUCACAAGAGGCUAUCCUCAGGAGAAGACACAACAGAGUUACGGAAAAAACUCAGUCAGUUACAGGUUGAGGCUGCACGAUUAGGUAUUUUACCUGUGGGUCGAGGAAAGACCAUGUCCUCUCAAGGUCGAGGAAGAGGCCGAGGCCGUGGAGGAAGAGGAAGGGGUUCACUAAAUCACAUGGUGGUGGACCACCGGCCUAAAGCACUAACAGUUGGGGGAUUCAUUGAGGAGGAGAAAGAUGACUUACUUCAGCAUUUUUCACCUGCAAACCAAGGGUCAAAAUUCAAAGACCGUCGGCUACAAAUAUCCUGGCACAAGGCCAAGGUGCCUUCUGUAUCCACUGAGACUGAGGAAGAAGAAGUCAAGGAGGAGGAAACAGAAACGUCAGAUUUGUUUUUGCAUGAUGACGACGAUGAGGAUGAAGAUGAAUAUGAGUCUCGUUCAUGGCGAAGAUGAAAUCUGAUGCGAGCUGUAUAAUUUUUAGGAAUAUUGUUUAGAAGAACAACUUUUAAAAAUUAUUUAAAGAAGUCAAUGAGCCAAAAAAAUUGUUUUUGUUUUUAUUUUCAACACAGUAGGUUUAAGGACAGCAAGUUUGCUAUUUAAUUACAUCUCAUAACUGUUCAUAAUAUUAAAGCACCAAAGGCCUAGUGACUUUUACACAGUUGUGAAGAUCCACAGGAAUGACUUGGAUAAUCUCUAGAGCCUUAUUUUUCCACACCACUUGUUUUUGUUGCUAUUGGUGUUGGAUUGUGUUGUAAAUGACAGGGUGUUCAGAAAUUUUAUUUUGGAUUAUAAUCUGCUGGUAAAGUUUCAUUACAUGUAAAAAUCGCCUGGAAUCUCUUAUCUCUUAGCUAUUAUGGAUGGGUUGUCAGAUAGUAGGAGAUAUUUGUAAUUAAAAUACCCUUUUGCUUUCAAGAGUUGUCUUGGAAGAAAAGUAAAUUUAAUUUUAUUGAGGAGGAGCCCAAUUUGUAUUCAAUCUGAAUUUCGGGGGGAUUUAAUAUGCAGCAGUAAGUAAUAUUUUAGUGUAAAUCGUAACUGUUCUUCAAUGCUAUAAGGCAAUGGUAGCUAGCUCUGUGGGAUUUCCAUUCUGUCAUCAUUUUAACUCUCCUGGACUUCUGCCACUGAUUUUUAGUUUGCUUUGAAAUUACUGAGCACGGGUUCAGUUGGUCCUUUUUUUUCCCUUUCUUUUUUUUAACAUUCUCAGAAUAUAAAAGGCUUUCACCUGUUGCCCCUUUCUCGUCCCCAUUUUCUUUCUCCUGCCUUUUUAUUAAUAGUCUGACUUACCCAUUAUUGAGAUAAGUGAUUCUUUUGGGCCACCAAAAGUCAGUCCCCAAUAAAAAGUUUAAACCAGCACCUUGAUAAACAAGUGAUUUUUUUUUUUUUUUCGGUACACGGGCCUCUCACUGUUGUGGCCCCUCCCGUUGUGGAGCACAGGCUCCGGACGCGCAGGCUCAGCGGCCAUGGCUCAUGGGCCCAGCCGCUCUGCGGCACGUGGGAUCUUCCCGGACCGGGGCACGAGCCCGUGUCCCCUGCAUUGGCAGGCGGACUCUCAACUGCUGCGCCACCAGGGAAGCCCAACAAGUGAUAUUUUGAUGAGAAUAAUGGAAGGAUUUGUGGGGAGAGAGAGUCACCAGCUUUUUUUUUUUUUUAAAGCUUCACUUUAGUUAAUAGUUAUGCAGAAGGGUUUGAAAGUGUGUGAAAUUCUUUCCCUAAAUUUAAACCAUGAUGGUGAGGUGA